AUGGGGAUGAACACCGACGUCUUGGGUGCGCCGAGCACCCAAACUUUCCAAGCUACCGGAAGCCUCAAAGCCAAGAACGCCAUCCGGGCCGCGCAGAAACAUUCUACGGGAAACCCAACCAAAUCCGCAGCAGUCGGGAUCCGCGUGCUCAUUGGCGGCGUGCCGGCCUUCAUCACGUUUCCCCGGCCCCAGCCGCCUCCCAGUCCCCGCCCGCGCCCUCGCCCCGGCCCCGUCAACCCGGGCCCGCCCCCGGGAAAUCCCACCCCGCCGCCCACGCCUCGCAGGCCGGCGAGUGGGCCCUCGGUGACGGCUGGGGGGAGCAAGCUCGGCGGGGAGCCUGGGUUCGUCACGUUUCCACGGCCCCAGCCGCCGCCCAGCCCGCGUCCCCGUCCGCGUCCCGGGCCCGUCAACCCUGGACCGCCUCCUGGAAAUCCCACUCCACCCCCGACGCCUCGGCGCUGA